AUGUGUGGAAUUUUCGGCUAUAUCAACUACCUCGUCGAACGUGACCGCCAGUUCAUCGUUAACACCCUUCUCAAUGGCCUGUCCCGACUGGAAUACCGUGGCUACGACUCAGCCGGUAUGGCCGUGGAUGGCGACAAGAAAAAUGAGGUCUGCGCAUUCAAGGAAGUUGGCAAGGUGGCCAAAUUGAAGGAGCUCAUUGCGGAGACCAAGCCCGACAUGACCAAGACCUUUGAGUCCCACGCUGGUAUCUCUCACACUCGUUGGGCCACCCACGGCACUCCCUCCCGCCUCAACUGCCACCCCCACCGAUCCGACUCCACAUGGGAGUUCGCCGUUGUUCACAAUGGUAUCAUCACCAACUACAAGGAAUUGAAGUCUCUUCUGGAGACCAAGGGCUUCCGCUUCGAGACUGAGACCGAUACCGAGUGCAUUGCCAAACUUGCCAAGUACCUUUACGACCAGCACCCCGACAUCGAAUUCACUGUCCUGGCCAAGGCUGUUAUUAAGGAACUCGAGGGCGCCUUCGGAUUGCUGCUCAAGUCGGUGCACUACCCCCAUGAGGUUAUCGCUGCCCGCAAGGGUUCGCCCCUUGUCGUUGGUGUGCGCACCUCGAAGAAGAUGAAGGUAGAUUUUGUUGAUGUGGAAUUCUCGGAAGACGGUGCUCUUCCUGCGGAGCAGGCCUCCCAGAAUGUCGCCCUCAAGAAAUCCGCCACUAGCCUCCUGGCUCCCCCGGACAAGUCGCUCCUGCACCGCUCUCAGUCGCGGGCUUUCCUGUCCGACGAUGGCAUCCCCCAGCCCGCUGAGUUCUUCCUGUCCUCCGACCCCUCGGCCAUCAUCGAGCACACCAAGAAGGUCCUCUACUUGGAGGAUGAUGACAUCGCUCACAUCCAUGAAGGCCAGCUGAACAUCCACCGCCUGUCCAAGAACGACGGUACCUCCAACGUCCGUGCAAUUCAGACCAUCGAGCUGGAGCUCCAGGAGAUCAUGAAGGGCAAGUUCGACCACUUCAUGCAGAAGGAGAUCUUUGAGCAGCCCGAGUCUGUGGUCAACACCAUGAGAGGUCGCCUGGAUGCUGUCAACAAGAAUGUCACACUGGGUGGUCUCCGGCAGUACAUCUCCACGAUUCGUCGCUGCCGCCGCAUUAUUUUCAUCGCCUGCGGUACCAGCUACCACUCAUGCAUGGCCGUGCGUGGUGUGUUCGAGGAGCUGACCGAGAUCCCUAUUGCCGUUGAGCUGGCUUCGGACUUCCUUGACCGACAGGCCCCCGUGUUCCGUGAUGAUACCUGCGUGUUUCGCGGUGCUCUGACUGUGGGUAUUGUUAACGUCGUCGGAUCUUCCAUUUCUCUUCUCACCCACUGCGGUGUUCACAUCAACGCCGGUCCCGAGAUCGGUGUUGCAUCGACCAAGGCUUACACCUCCCAGUUCGUCGCCAUGGUCAUGUUUGCUCUUUCUCUGAGCGAGGACCGUGCCUCGAAGCAAAAGCGACGUGAGGAGAUCAUGGAGGGCCUCGGCAAGAUCUCAGAUCAGUUCAAGGAGAUCUUGAAGCUUAACGAUCCCAUCAAGGACAUGUGCGCCAAGUUCUUCAAGGACCAGAAGAGUCUGCUCUUGUUGGGCCGUGGUGCCCAGUUCCCCACUGCCCUUGAGGGAGCCCUCAAGAUUAAGGAGAUUUCAUACCUUCACUGCGAGGCCGUCAUGUCCGGUGAACUGAAACAUGGUGUUUUGGCCCUCGUUGACGAAAACCUGCCUAUCAUCAUGAUUCUUACCCGUGACAACCUGUUCACCAAGUCGCUGAACGCCUAUCAGCAAGUCAUCGCCCGCGGUGGCCGCCCUAUCGUCAUCUGCAACCAGGAUGAUCCCGAGUUUUCGGCUGCGCAGACUGAGAAGAUCGUUGUGCCGAAGACCGUGGAUUGUCUCCAGGGUCUGCUGAACGUGAUUCCUCUGCAGUUGGUCUCGUACUGGCUUGCCGUUGGAGAGGGUCUGAACGUUGACUUCCCCCGCAACCUAGCCAAGUCGGUUACGGUCGAGUAA